AUCAAAUAUUUCAAAAUAACGUACUUUUGGAAUCGGCUGACAUUUCGGUUGGUUUUGAUUUUAUUCUUUUGAUGAAUAAAAAGAUUUAUCUUUAUUGAAUGUUAUUCGUUCAUUUAUGAAUGAAAAAGCUUCGGUUUUAUUGACAAUAUCUGAUUUCUGAUUAAUAUACGUGUCCGUUAGUGUUUCGGUGAUAGAAUGGCUCAGUUUAACUACCUGAAUGAAAUAAAUAGUUUAGCAACAAUAGAUGGGCCUAUAACGCGUGGUCCGCUGCAACGUUGGGCGAAGAAGUCUAACAGCGAGAAUAUCAAUCCGUUAAGUGCUUCCUUCAAGAACCAUUCGAACGUGAAUCUCAGUGCGUGCAACCAGUCCAUGCAAAAGUUGUCCAUAUCUGCGAAUCAGAGUUGUAACAAUAGUGUACUCUCAAGUAACAAGACACCGACUCGAAAUGAUAACAAAAAGGGGAAGAAGACUCCUUCCAAGAACAAAUCUCCAGGUCGAUCCACAACGCCGACUCCGAACAAAGCGUCAAAGACUCCUAACAAAGCUGACAGAUUCAUCCCCUCAAGAAGUAAUUCUAACUAUGACCUGUGCCAUUACAUGAUGAGCCGUGAUGAAGACAAGAAUGAAGAAGUAACAGCACAGACAGCAGCUGGAGAGGCUAUCGGCCGUGCCCUAGCUGAUACGGAACCCGGGAGACUGCUGCAAUAUACCUGCAAGGCACCAGCUGCUCCUGAAGGCUAUCAGAACAGACUAAGAGUUGUGUAUUCACAGGCUAAAGUUCCUUCUUCAGUGAAGAACACAACAAGAUAUAUUCCACAAGCUCCUGACAGAAUACUGGACGCUCCUGACAUCUUAGACGAUUACUAUUUGAACCUAGUCGACUGGAGUUCCUCAAACAUACUUGCAGUUGCUCUAGGCAACUCAGUGUAUCUAUGGAACGCGGGAACUGGCCAAAUAGAGCAGCUGCUGACUCUAGAAGGUUCCGAAACUGUUUGUUCUGUGGGCUGGGUGCAGGGCGGAGGAUCGCACCUCGCUGUCGGUACCUCAUCAGCUACAGUCGAGUUGUGGGACUGCGAAAAGAUAAAGAGGUUGAGGGUAAUGGACGGGCACACGGGUCGUGUGGGUUCGCUAGCAUGGAACAUGUAUAUCGUGAGCAGCGGCGCUCGCGACGGUAACAUUGUUCACCACGACGUGCGACAGAGGGACCACGCUGUGGCCACCAUCCAUGCACACACGCAAGAAAUUUGUGGUCUAAAAUGGUCUCCAGAUGGUAAAUGUCUUGCAUCGGGCGGCAACGACAAUUUACUGAAUAUCUGGCCUAUUGCACAAGGACAGCAUUAUUCACAAACACAGUAUCUGUAUUCAUUCAACCAACACCUAGCGGCGGUGAAGGGUUUAGCUUGGUGUCCAUGGAGCGCCGGUAUAUUGGCCAGCGGCGGCGGUACUGCCGACAGGACCAUACGCAUCUGGAACAUCAAGACUGGAGCCAACCUCAACACUGUUGAUACUAAGUCUCAGGUGUGUUCAAUCGCUUGGAGCACCCACUACAAGGAGCUGAUCUCUGGCCACGGCUACGCCAACAACCAGCUGGUGAUCUGGAAGUACCCCGUGAUGUCGCGCGUGGCCGAGCUGAGCGGCCACAUGGCGCGCGUGCUGCACCUGGCGCUGUCGCCCGACGGGACCACCGUGCUGUCCGCCGGCGCCGACGAGACGCUCAGACUAUGGAAAUGUUUCAUGUUGGACCCAUCGAAAAAGAAAGAACCUACCGAUUCCAAAGCAGCUAAAUCGUUAUUAAAUCUCAACUCCUUGAUUAGGUAACUUUGUUAGAAGUUACAAAAUAUUCCUAUUGACUGACUUUGUGAUCUUACAAUUAGUUUUAAUACAACAAUUGUAUGUUGUGCCAUUAGUAUACAUUGACUUAACUUUAUUUUAUAAAUUGUUGUGUAUCCUCGUGAUUCUAUUGACGGAACUUGCAUGAAGUAAAUAUUAUUGUUUGCUUUUAAAAUAUAAAAAUACUUGCCUAAAUUGAUGUAGGCAAAGGAAUAUUUUUAUAAUGAACUUAUGUUUUUAAAUUAAACGAAUAACUCUUUUGACAGUCGCGUUUUUGGAAGUCGUACUUUGUUACUUGUAUUUGAUUUUUGACCAAUCAGGAGAAGUUGAGGUCGUAAAAUGCGUUUGCACCUAUUUCCUACUAUGAUUCUAGAAAAAUUGAUUCAUUUUCGUUAGUCUUUUCUCUCUCUACUUGUUACUAUUUUUCGUGACUUUCUUUCACCAUUUCAUUACCUCGGCUUCCUUGUUUUAAGGACAACCAAGACAUUGUUUAACUAACUGUACUGUUUGUAUGACUUUAGUAUGUGUUAAGAUGUUUUUAAUAAUGUAUGUAAUUUUACAAUAAGAUAAUAAAGAUUUACAUUCCCA